AUGUCGAAGAAGUUCAAUAUUCGUGAAUGGGUUCUAUCUGUUAAAUACUGGUCACUUCUAUUCAUUCCUCAUAUAUCUAUCUGGUUGAUUUUUUUAAUCUAUACACUUGUCGGUGCUAGUAUUAUUCAAGAAAUUGAAUCAGAUGACUCACGAUCAACUUCUUCAUCAACAUUAGAAACAACGUCAAUUCCAAUUGUUUCAAUAAAAAAUUUUGAUCGAGAACGAGAACGUCUCUUAUCGAAAAUCAUCGAUAAGAGACAAACAAUUGAUAUACAACAAUAUACUAAAUUUAUUAAUAAACAUGUUCGAGAAUAUGAGGAAGAAAUUAAAAAAACAUAUAAACCAACAACUGUAACAGCACCAUCAAUUAUUACUGAGAAGCCUCCAUUAUAUGAAGAAAAUCUCCGUUGGACUUUUGCCGGUUCAUUAUAUUUUAUCGGAACAACAUUAACGACUAUCGGUUCGAAUGAUUUUACGCCAAUAACAAAAAUGGGAAAGUUAUUUUUAAUGAUUUAUGCUGCUAUUGGUAUUCCAUUAACAUUAGUAUUUCUAUCGGAUUUAAGUCUAUUAAUAACACGUUUAAUAAAAUAUUUAUCAUUAUUAUUGUUACGUGCAUAUUCAACGAAUUAUUUUCUUCAUAUACGUCAAUGGAUGUUAUUUCGUUUUAUUGAAAGACAAUUGAAUAUUUCAAUACCUAUUCAACCUGAUGAAGAUGCUUUAUAUUCACCGAAACCUAAUCAAUCAUUAACAAAUUCUUUUGAUAAUCAUUUUAAUGAAUAUAAUCAAGAUAUGAAUCAUAUACCAUUAAAACAAAGACGUUUAUCACAUCAUCUUCAGAUAAAACAUAUCCGAACUAUGUAUACUAUACUUAUUGAUACAUUAAAAGAUAUAAAUGAUGAUAUUGAUUUAACAAUGCCACAAAUUGUAAUAACACUUUUCAUUUAUAUACUUAUUGGUGCUUGUCUUAUUUCAUCGAAUUCAUUUUUUGAUAGUAUUUAUAUAUGUUUUACAGCUGUAUAUACAAUUAAUUUACGAAGUUAUUAUCGAAGUACAACAAUUAAUCAAGAAUAUAAAAUAAAAUCAAUGUUCAUCUUAUCUAUUUAUUUAUUAUUUGGUUUAGCAAUUGUUUUAGUAUGUGUAAAAGUUGUACAAUUAAGAAUACAAACAACACUUGAAAAUAUAGGAAAAAAAUUACUUCGAGAUCUUGUCGAAUUUCUUCGACAGAUGGGUUUUCAUGAAUUGAGUACAGAUGAUAUAUUAGCUUCAACAGAUUCAAAUUCUUAUUCAUUAUCAGGAACAACAGUAGAAUCUAAUCAAUCUCGACAGUCUCGUUCACUAAAUGCAUCAGAACAAGCAUCAUUUGUUCGUCCAAUUGGCAUUGCUGAACCAUUACGUCGACUUUCUUCUGGUCAUAUUAUUCGAGCAUUGAAAAAAUUUGAAGGUGAUACAAAUACUGAUAAAAGUGUUCAAGUUAAUACAAUAAUUCGAUCUUGUGGUCGUUGUGCUGGUUCAAAUCCAUCAUCAACAGGUUCAGUAGCACCAGUAAGAAAACAUUGUACCAUUACAAGUACGCCAUCAUUAUCUGGCGAGGUCAGUUCUAGUUGUGAAGAUGAUGAUGUUCUACCAUCAUCAUCUUUAGCACCACCGAAUUUAGAUCGACUUCGUCAACGACGUGCAACACUUGUUGCCAAAACAAUUAUUAGUCAAAUGGCUACACAACCACCAACUAUGGCUGUUGAUGAAACAGUCCCAUCAUUAACAUUAUCAAAUGCUCAACGUCAUCGACCAAUAGAUAGUCCACCACCAAUCUCAUUUAAAUGUGCAGUUAAACAAAUGCCAAGUAAUCCUCCACCUGAAUCACCACGUAAACGAGGUGUUACUCAAGAAGAAUUUACAGAAAUAUCCAAACAAAUAUCUUCAUUAUUGACACCCAGCGAUGAUGAGAAUUAA